CACAUCGAAGACUAUGAUCUAAAAUGAAAUGUCAAAUAUUAUUUCGAAACAUGUGAAACAUUUUGAAACACUAAAUCAAAAAACUAGCCAUAAUAACCAAAAUGUGAUAUAAAGUAAGGUUGAGAAUGGAAAUUUAAAGUGACAGUAAAAAUAAUCCCACAAAAUGAACAAGUUACUGUCCAAAAACCUUUUUCAACUAUUCACAACAUCCAAAAGACAUUAUCAAGUCACUGUGGCUGGCGGGGCGAGCGAUGUCGGUCAAACACUGUGCUUGUUGCUACGGACAGAGCCCGCUAUCACCAGACUCGUAAUACAUGAUUCUAAGGCACAUACACCAGGGGUAGUCUUAGAUGUGUCACACAUACCCGGCGAGGUUCAAGUACAAGGGUAUACAGGAGAUGACACUCUAGACCUAGCUCUGAAAAAUGCUCACGUCGUAAUUGCGGCCGGUGGACUCGUACGAAAGCCGGGCAUUCCUGAAAAAUUGUGGCUGUCAAAUAACACAGCUUUCAUCAAAACAUUAUCGAUGCGAGUAGCCAAAAUGAAUCCUGCCCCAUUCCUGGGUAUAAUUACGGAGCCUAUUAAUUGCCUCGUACCGAUAGCGACAGAAGUGUUGACAAAUAACGGAACCUAUGACCCAAGGAAACUUUUCGGCAUAACUGGAGUAGAUGCUUUGCGCGCUCAAACAUUGUAUGCUGACGAGAACAACAUAAGCGCUCGCAACUGUAUAGUGCCUGUGAUCGGCGGGCAUUCUGAAAACACACUUAUUCCUCUGCUCUCUCAAAGCCAUCCAGCUUCACCGACUUUAGACGCUAAAAUGUCACAAGAUUUUACUUUAAAGUACCGUAAGUUUGACGAAAAAAUAAUAAAUGCUAAAAGGGGACAUUCACCUGUUCUCUCAGUUGCAUACAGCGCUUUGCUUUUCACUCGCAGUGUGCUAAACGCUCUAGACGGUCGGCGAGCUAGAGUACAUGCUUUCAUAGAGAAUAACGACUUUGGCACGGCUUACUUUGGAGGACUUGUAGAUAUCAACAACGAAGGAGUCAAAGAAAUGAUAAGGUAUACAACUCUCACGGAAUAUGAAUGCCACUUAUUAGAACAAAGCUUCCAAGAGUUGCGCAAAGAUGUGUUAAAAGGAAAGAAAGUUUUAGAAUUAACUUAAAUAAAAUUAAGUCAUAACAAAAAUAGUAAAAAAUAUUUAGGUACACGUAGAAAUAAAGUAACAAAUUGUCUAAAAUAGUAAAUCAAUAAAACGUUUAACCAA